UUCCACAGCUCAUAAAAAAUCAUAACCAACCUGUUUUCUUGUUCGUCCUCAUGAAACCCAUUUUCUCUUCUUUCCACUCUCUUCAUUCUCCGCUCUUUCACCCUCUUCUUCCCCUGAACCGCCGUCCACGGUGGGCUCGCAUGGAGUCUUCACCACCUCACCAUCGCAGCUCCAGUCAGAACAAGAUAAAACUUAUCGUCAUCAUGGGCACCACCGGCACCGGUAAGAGUCGUCUCUCCAUCGACUUGUCCACCCAUUUCCCUCACUCUGAAAUCAUAAACUCCGACAAAAUGCAACGCUACAACGGCCUGGACAUAACCACCAACAAAAUCCCUCUCCACGAAAGGAACGGGGUCCCCCACCAUCUGCUCGGCGACGUCGAAUCCAUUGACGCCGACGUUUCGCCGUCGCAGUUCCGUUCGGAGGCGGGUUUAACCAUUGCCAACAUCGCUUCAAGUGGAAACUUGCCGCUCCUCGUCGGCGGGUCCAACUCUUUCAUCCAUGCUCUCCUUGUGGAAACCUUCGACCCUCGAGUGGACGACGUAUUCGCCGCGCCGGACUCAGUGAGUCAUUUGUUGAGGUACGACUGUUGUUUCCUUUGGGUCGACGUGGCCUGGUCGGUACUCACUGACUGCCUGUGCGAACGAGUCGACGACAUGCUCGAAUCGGGCAUGUUGGAAGAGCUGGCUCAGUUCUACGACCCAACAAAAGAAGAUUUCCGGGUCGGGUUAAGAAAAGCAAUCGGAGUACCAGAAUUCGGCAUAUAUUUUAAAAGUUACCCACCCUGGGAGAGCAAAGAAAACGGUACCGUACCACCAGCAAAGGAGGGGUGUAAUAAUCAGGCGCGGAGGGCCGCAUACGAAGAAGCAGUGAGGGAGAUCAAACACAGCACGUGUCGAUUAGCGAAGCGGCAGAUAUGGAAGAUUCAGCGGCUCAGAGAAUCCGGGUGGGAGCUAAAGAGAUUGGACGGAACGGCGACGUUUGAAGCGAUAAUGAAGAAGAAAGAGUGGAGGAGUAUUUGGGAAAAGGAAGUAUUGGAACCAAGCGUGAAGGCCGUGAACCGGUUUUUUGAGUAGGUUGUUGAUCCAGCCUUAUUCCAGCUAAUUUAUUCUUUCUUCCUUCAUAAAACAAAACCUCUCUCUUUUUGCUUCAAUACACACAUAAAUGUAAUUAAUGUUUUGGCAGAUGGGGCGACCAAAUUUUGUA